AGAAUCUGACACAAUCUCAAAGCCUCUUUGAUGAAAUAAUACCAACUUUACAAAAGAUACGCAGUGCAAGAAGAAUUGCACUAACCCGGUUAGGCAACCAUACGUCAGUCUAAACAAACUUCAUUCUCGACAAGUUGACGGCUUCCAUCCAACGAAAACACAAGCACCACGAAUCCAGCAAAGCACUCCCCAGCCCGCAAGAUGUCGUCCGUCCAGGGUGGCCAACAAGUAGGAAUCAUCCUCGUCACGUCUCUUGCGACAUUCAUCUCAGGGUUCAUCCUGGGUGUCUGGUCUAUCAACGGCUACAUUAUCUCACCAGCGGUCCGCGAAGAGCGUCGACGAUUCCACGGCGACCCAGUCGAGAGCGAGGAAAGCGACAUAGACGAAGACGACACGACUCUGGAUCAUGCCCCGAGCUGGAGCAAUGGGAUACAGGCGGAUCAGAAGCAGGGCCUAAGGGCGAGUGCGCCGGCAUCGGCAGCCGAGCCAAAGGUACUGGGGCAGCCCAACGAGGAAUGCAAGCUUGUGCUGGUUGUGCGAACUGAUCUGGGCAUGACAAAGGGCAAAAUUGCGGCGCAAUGCUCCCACGCAACCCUGGCCUGCUACAAGGCGCUCGCCCGUCAUCCUCCCAAGUCGCAAGAGGCAUCUAUACUGUCACGGUGGGAGAGGCUCGGACAGGCUAAGAUCGCUGUUCAAAUCAAGUCGGAAGAGGAGAUGCUCGAGCUGCGACGCAAGGCUCGCAACGCAGGUCUGACAGCUGAGGUGAUCCACGAUGCUGGGCGCACGCAGAUUGAGGCGGGAAGCAUGACCGUGCUGGGUGUCGGUCCUGCGCCAAAGAGUGCUGUCGACCAGAUCACGAGCCACCUGAAGCUUUUGUAACGGAUGACAUCAAACAAACACAUGUACGACAGACGAUAGACGACGACGACAACGCAGACAUAGCAGGGCACCCCAGAAUUACGUAUAGAUAUGAUGCUGCACUCAGUGAAUGGGUAU